CAUGUGAAGUGGCCCCGUAAGCGCCUACCCUCAAGUGAACGUCACAGCCAGUAAAGAAGCUCGUCUUCUCUACGGUGGACUCGUUCACGCAGAUUUCUCACUGAGCUCCGGCUACGUAUCUCUGGAGCAGCGCCAGUUUUGCGUGCAUCUUCCCCUCAUCGCUGAUAAAUGUGAUAUGUGGAGUUACGGUUAUGAUGUUUAGGGUACGGCGAAGGCGGAGUGCAUCAGACGGUGGCUUAAGGUGAAGGUAUAACGCAUAACGGGCGGGCAUCAACGCGGCGCCCUGUCGGACUCCAGCCUGCAGAGAUCAACCGAGGCGAUUGUAGCGCUCCGCUGAUGGAGCGAGGGACGAGAUUACUACCUUCAGUGAUUCUUCUGUCGUAGGUUAUCAGCCAAGAAAGACAGGAGUAAUUUAACCUUGUCAAAGUUUGGUUAACUGUCCAGUCGAAGUGAACAGAUGGAUGGAUGGAUAACAGUUUGUCAUCUAGCUCCGUUCAGACAACAGUUUCAAACGAAACUGUAAACGGGAAUUGCGCUGUCAAACAAGGCUUGUGUGUCACAAGGACAUGGUUAUAUUAGUAAGAACGUGAAAACGUAGUGUGGAGUGUGAUGUCAAAUAUUGGCCUGUGCUACAAUCCUGGGUGUGUUAUUCGGUGAGAUCGUCAAACCGUGUCAAACACAUUCUAUGUUACAAAGUUCUGGAUGUGUUAUUGAGACAUAUGCCAAUUGUGUGAAGUCGAGGUUUAAAUGGUCAAACCGUGUCUAACAAGGUCUACAUUGCACAAUCUUAUGUAUGUUACCAAGACAUGCAUGUCUGGCCGAGAUUUAACCUUUCCUCGAGGGACUGAUCAUUUCCUAAGCAACAUGGAGUGCUGGUGAUCAAGAUGGGGAGAAAACAGACUCUCGGUCGGCACUCGUAUCCCUGGGGAUAUCUCUUAGUGCCAUGUGUCACCUUGCUCUUCCUGCCAUACAUUGAAGGCCUAUCCCUACGAGAUCGACAAUGUCAGGUCAACGCCUGCAACUUUACCCAUUCCGAUCUCCAGUGUCCGCGAGGUCAAAUGAUCCUGUUGACCAACGUCACGUGUCAAAGCAGCAGACACGCCCCUUGCCCAGGCCAACUCUACCUGGACGUGUUGAACAAGUGUUCGGGACGUCAGCGAUGCUCUCUCAGGCUCUUGGCGUUACAGAAGCUCCAGAAGGUCUGCCUGAAAGCACCAGCGGUAUCGGUCGUGUUCACGUGUAUUCAGAAGCCGUCAGACGACGCCCACGACGAGGCUUGCACGGGGGCCAAUCGGCUAACAGACUCGCGUGGAUUCGUAUACAGUCCCGGGUAUCCUAAACGCUACUCCAAAACGCCAUGCUGGUGGAAGCUGUUUCUGGACAGGGGUCAAGAUGUGCAGUUCACUAUCUUUGAGAUGCAAUCUUUCUUCACGGGGUCUCCCCGAGACACCCCGGAUUUCUUGCGCGUGAGCCCCAGCGUUCCGGCGCCAUCUUGUCCGUUCAAGCAGAGAGACGUCGUGUCGUUUCAAGUUUUCCGGGGUGACCUGCUCACUGUGAAACAGUUCCGGGUCAGAUGCCAUAUGGAAGCGGAGAUAACUCUACGUCAGCUUAGCGGAGCGGGGAAGGGAGUAAGACUUCUACUGUUUUAUCAAGUAAUACCUUCUGAAAAAGAAGUCUCUGAUAUUCUCCCGGGAUUCCUCACGAGGCCGUGCACUGUCCCGAAAUCACACGAGAAACUGCCUGGGUACUUCGUACCUCAGAAGAAUCCGCUGCGUACUCAACUGGCUCCCUUUACAACAACAACAGUCACGGUUACCAUGCCGACAGGUAUGUCAUCACCAGAGCCCAGCGCGGGGGUGGAUGUUGUGGAGCACUAUGACAAUUACAUAGGCUUGCUCAUCGGAUUAGUUGUUGGCGGUCUUCUCAGUGUCUGUCUGGUCAUUGGGGUGGCCGUUCUCUGUUUGAGGAGGAGGCGGUCAAAGGCUGGAGCUGACUACAAUUCUUUUAGUGAGGGCAAAACCGGAAGCACCACUGCGUGUUCGGUGGAUUCUGGGAAGGGUCAGAAAGAACAAAAAUCUUCCACCAACCCAAACCGUGACAUCUCGUCGGGAUACGUGACGGAGAGCGACAGUUCUGAGGGGUACGAUGAACCCAACAAUCCGACCUAUGAGUCAAUUGAGAAGUACAGAUUAAACGACACCUACAGUCGCGUGGCAGACGAGAUCUCGUCUCCGCCACCCGCGCCGAAACCACGUGACGAGCGCGAAAACUUGGACUCCGUGUCGGCGACGUACGCCGAGAUUCAGUCAAUCUUAGACGAAAGAAUUCCUCCAGAGGUCCCUUUGUCUUACCGGGAAUUCCUUCGUCGGCAGUUGUUGGCCCUGGACAAAGAUGUAGCUAAGGGUACAUGCAACAACAGCGGGCCUUACGCAGUGUCUGGAUACUUGUGUGGCGGACAGGAAAAGGCGCCCAGCCCGCCGCCGAAAGUGCCACCGAAAAAUCCAGCAGGCGUUGUCAGAAAAGAAAGAGACAGUGUAAGUCCUGCACGAGACAGCAAUAACUCGAGGGUGGACAAAGCACGGGGAGAACCAGUCUAUGCCUCUCCCACCCAGAGGGAGGAGAGGAAAGACAGUGAUGUGAUAUUCGUGGAAAAUGACCUUUAUCAGCCGUUCGAGGCCACGUGAUUGACAGGUAAAAAGGCGCUUUAUGGUUGGAUCGUGGACGAGAGUUGUACAAUAAUCCGCGAGCAUACUUUACGGGCAGCCUGGGUGGAUUGCUGGAUAAGGCUAUAAGUUUAUAUGCUUAACCCCGCGCUACUGGAGUUUACGGGUGCGUUGCGAGAAAGGACAUGCGAACAUAUGGACGGACAUUCACGGAUAUAUUGACAUGCGGACGUAUCCAUGGACAUGCUGACGUGUCCCUGGACAUGCGGGCCUAUCCGUGUACAUUCGAGUGCUAUAUUAGACAUGCUGUCGUAUCCAUGACCAUGCGGACGUAUAGACACGUGGAAAUGCGUACGCAUGGACAUGAAGACUCAUGGACAUGCGGAUAUGCAUGACUAUGUAAUACUCGGCUCAAUUCCGCCUGUUUCAUGACGCGAAAAUGACGUGCACGCAUAAAACGAGACCGUCAAGUUUAUGUCAUGAACUAAUACAGAUUAAUCUGCCUAGUGUAACGAUGGAUGCUUUUUAUAAGUAUGCACAUCUUUAUGAGGGACCCAACCACCCUAACAUCCGUCAAUCUAAACAUUUAGAUCAAAGCAACCGUAAUAACACACAUAUUUUAUAAACAAAGUGCUGCUUUUUGGCAGUCUUAAGCUUGGCUGUUACAACGUGUUGUGAGAGAAGUGUAAAAUACGAUAGUAAAUACAAUUGCCUGGAAAUUGGGAGAUAGUCUGUCGAGUAGGCCCCUAUACAACUUGCUAUGGUAUUUAGAGAUUGGAUUGCUUGCCAUUUUCUACAUCAUGUUAAAUACUUCAUUGGAGAGUUGGAUCUAUGUGUCUCUUUAGACUGAAGACAUAAUUCAGUUUAAGAGACGACUUUCGGUGAUUUUCCCCUACAGGACUGCAUUUUAUACGGGUCACGUGACAGGGGUGUCACAUUUUAUCAUGACGGUUUACAUAAUUUGGUUUUUGUUGCAGUGCUGCAGCGAGCAAAAUGAAAUUCCGAAACAUUUUAUUCAGUCAUACCGUUAACAUCAAAUGGAUGUUGCCCAUAAUGGUGAAGUUUGUAAAGUCUUUAACAGUAGACUGGGAUAGACUUUGGACCAACUCAUUUCAGAGGGUGUUUACUGUGACAUUAUCAGACGAGUGGUCUGACCUGGAAGUGACGUUUGUGAAUAAA